AUGAAUGCCGCAAACUACGUCUCCGACUCCGUUCAGGGCGCCACCAACACCAGUGCUAAGGAGGCCAAUAAGAACGUUGCCAGGGACUCUGACACCAGCAUCGGUACUCGCGCAAGCGCAGCCAAGGACGCUGCUGUCAACAAAAAGGAUGAGACGGUGCACAACACCAAGGCUGAUACAAACAAGGAGGCUGCUAAGCACUAA